AUGGCAGAGUACACUCUGGAUGUGACUACAGGGAGCAUGACGCAUGCAGGCACAUUUGAUAACAUGUACGUUACCCUGAUUGGUACUGAGGGGGAAUCUGAGCGCACUAAUCUGACCAAUUUUGGCUUGGAUGAUAAAACUGGAAAAUUGCGUCAUCCUCUCCAACCACAGGUGGGAACGUAUUCUGUGACUUCACUUUUGUCUUUAGGAUGUCUUCUCCUCCUCAAGUUGGAGAGAGAUCCUUUCCAUGAAUCCCCACAAGAGGAUUGGUUUUGCUCCAAGAUAGUGGUGAGGACACGUGAGGAGGAUGAAACUAUUUUCCCCUGCUACACAUGGCUGUCCAGGGGUGAAACUGUGUGGUUGAGAGGAGGGAGAGCACCCAUCUUUAUUUUUAGGUGGGAGAAGUAUGAAGAAGGAAUGCUGUACAUCUUAAACAUUCAGGAUCCAAAUGCUAUUCCUGCAGAAAUCAGAUUCUCAUUCUCAAAAGCUUUUCAAUUUAAAUACUUAAAGGAACAGAUGGAAGCUGAGCUCAAACUUAAAGGUCUGAUAAACUCAACUGAGCACUGGAAAAGCUUUGAGGCCAUGAAGGGGGUGUCCUGGUUCAAAAAGUCACCAUUGUCAGAGUAUGUGUCGGAGCACUGGAAGGAUGAUGACUUUUUUGGAUACCAGUUUCUUAAUGGAGUCAACCCCUUUGUGAUCCAACGUUGCUCAAAGCUUCCUGCCAAUUUCGCCAUCACAGAGGAAAUGGUGAAGCCUUUUCUAGCCAAUGGAAGCUCUUUGACUGCAGAGAUGGAGAAGGGUAAUAUAUUCAUAACUGAUUACAAAAUCAUGGAAGGUCUUCCUACAAGAGUUAUUGAUGGUAAAACAGCAACUGUGACUGCUGCUCUCUGCCUGCUGUACCUGAAUCCAGAGAAGAAACUACUGCCCAUCGCAAUUCAGCUCGGGCAGCAGCCAUCAGAAGACAACCUGAUUUUUCUGCCUAGCGACUUGGAGUCUGACUGGCUGCUGGCCAAGAUAUUUGUGAGGAAUGCAGAUACCAUCCAUAAUGAAUUCAUCAGUCAUUAUCUGAGGACUCAUCUACUGGCAGAAGUUUUUACAAUAGCGACACUUCGCAACCUCCCAACGAUUCACCCUCUGCACAAGCUGCUGAUCCCCCAUUAUCAAUAUACCCUCCAUAUAAACAUUCUUGGCCGUGCUCUGCUUUUUGGCUCUGGCAGAUAUUUAGAAAAAAUUUCAAUUGAAACAGAUGGACAAAUGGAACUACUGAGAAGGGGGCUCUCCCAAACAACCUAUGCCUCCCUCUGCCCGCAUGAAAACAUUGCAGCUAGGGGACUGGAGUCCAUCCCCAACUUUUAUUACCGAGAUGAUGCACUGAGGCUGUGGAACAUCAUCAACAGCUUUGUCAAGGCAAUCGUGCCAUAUUAUUAUCCAUCUGACAGCGAAGUGUCAGCCGAUUUCGAGCUCCAGGAAUGGGUCAAUGAGAUCUUCUACUAUGGAUUUCUGAGAAAUGUUGACUCAGGAAUCCCUUCAAGCUUUCAAACUGUGGAGGAACUCAUCAAGUUUGUCACUAUGGUGAUCUUCACGUCAUCAUGUCAGCAUGCUGCAGUGAACAUUGGACAGUUUGAUUUUCUAGGUUGGAUUCCCAAUGGUCCGCUGUCACUGAACCAUGCUCCACCAACAACAAAGGGACAGUCGAGCAUGGAGACCAUCUUGGCAACUCUGCCAAAUAAGUCAUCAGCAGGACGUUCAAUGGCAAUCUUGUGGCAGCUCAGUAUCAAGUAUGAGGAUUCUGUACCUCUGGGUACUUAUCCUGAGCAACGCUUUGAUGAGCCUGCGGCCUUACAGAUGAUCAAGGAUUUUCAAGCAGAGCUGUCCUCCCUCAAUGUGGCUAUUACCAAGAGGAAUGCAGACCUUGAGCUCCCUUACAUUAACAUGAACCCUACAAAAAUAGAAAACAGUAUAACUAUUUGACCAGGAUUACAUUUUCAACAAUGGUAAUGUUAAAGUAAAGAGUUAUCAAGUAUUGUGUAUCCGCUGAGACAGUGACUCAUGUACUUUAACUGACGCUAACUUAUCCUGAAAGUAAAGAUUCAUACAUUUA